AUGCUUCCAACCACGGAGUUGAUGCCGCCAUCUCACAUCUUUUUUGAUGCGUAUGAAAAGACGAUCAUGCAGGCAUCUCGCACUCUAACCCCUGCGGAGAAGAACUACGGGCAAAUAGAGAAAGAGGCUCUAGACCUCGUGUUUACCGUCAAGAAAUUUCACAAACUGUUGUAUGGUCGCCACUUCACGUUGUUGACGGAUCACAAACCAUUGAUGUCAAUCUUGGGUUCCAACAAGGGCAUUCUCGUCUACUCAGCCAGCCGACUUCAGCAAUGGGCAACCAUCCUUCUUGGCUACGAUUUCGACAUUCGCCGCUGUCGCACCCCAGACUCAUGUCAGGCUGAGGCCCUUCCUGGCCUCAUCAGCAAUCAGCAGGAACCUGAGGAAGAUACCCUGAUUGCCGAUAUUUCGACUGAGGACGACGUGCGCCGUCAGCUAUCAGACGUAAUAUCAGGUAUCCCUGUCACUGCCGCGGACAUCCGACGUGCUACAGAACAGGAUCCUGUCCUCCGUCAGUCCAUCAUCUACGUGCAGACCUGCUGGCCAACCACUGCUCCCGCUGGCGAUCUUUGCCACCUUUUCCGCCGAGCAUCGGUAUCCGUGGUUGACUCCUGUCUCAUGUUUGCAUACCGUGUGCUGAUCCCAUCUUCCCCCCGAGCCACUGUACUACGGCAGUUCCAUGCCGCUCAUCCUGGUGCCAGUCAAAUGAAGUCUGUUGUCCACAGUUUUGCUUAA